AAUUAUUUCUCAUCUGCUCUCUUCAUAUUGUGUCUUUGAACGCUUCAUCUCCUCGUCAUGGUGGCCACCUCUGCUACUUCGUCAUUCUUUCCUGUACCGUCUUCUUCGCUUGAUCCUAAUGGAAAAGGCAACAAGAUUGGUUCCACGAAUCUUGCUGGACUCAAUUCUGCACCAAACUCUGGUAGGAUGAAGGUUAAACCAAACGCUCAGGCUCCACCUAAGAUUAAUGGGAAAAAGGUUGGUUUGCCUGGUUCUGUAGAUAUCGUAAGGACUGAUAUCGAGACGUCACACCCCGCCCCAAGAACUUUCAUCAACCAGUUACCUGACUGGAGCAUGCUUCUUGCUGCUAUAACAACGAUUUUCUUAGCAGCUGAGAAACAGUGGAUGAUGCUUGAUUGGAAACCCAGGCGUUCUGACAUGCUGGUGGAUCCGUUUGGUAUAGGGAGAAUUGUUCAGGAUGGCCUUGUGUUCCGUCAGAAUUUCUCCAUUAGGUCGUAUGAAAUAGGUGCUGAUCGCUCUGCAUCUAUAGAAACCGUCAUGAAUCAUUUGCAGGAAACAGCGCUUAAUCAUGUUAAGACUGCUGGAUUGCUGGGAGAUGGGUUUGGCUCUACCCCUGAGAUGUUUAAGAAGAACUUGAUAUGGGUCGUCACUCGUAUGCAGGUUGUGGUUGAUAAAUAUCCUACUUGGGGAGAUGUUGUUGAAGUAGAUACCUGGGUCAGUCAGUCUGGAAAGAAUGGUAUGCGUCGUGAUUGGUUAGUUCGGGAUAGCAAUACUGGAGAAACCUUAACACGAGCAUCAAGUGUGUGGGUGAUGAUGAAUAAACUGACAAGAAGAUUGUCAAAGAUUCCUGAAGAGGUUCGAGGGGAAAUAGAGCCUUAUUUUGUGAAUUCUGAUCCAGUCCUUGCUGAGGACAGCAGAAAGUUAACAAAACUUGAUGACAAGACUGCUGACUAUGUUCGAUCUGGUCUCACUCCGCGAUGGAGUGACCUAGAUGUUAACCAGCAUGUUAAUAAUGUAAAGUACAUUGGGUGGAUCCUGGAGAGUGCUCCAGUGGGAAUAAUGGAGAGGCAGAAGCUGAAAAGCAUGACUCUGGAGUAUCGGAGGGAAUGUGGAAGAGACAGUGUGCUUCAGUCCCUCACCGCAGUUUCAGGUUGCGAUAUCGGUAACCUGGCAACAGCGGGGGAUGUGGAAUGUCAGCAUUUGCUCCGACUCCAGGAUGGAGCGGAAGUGGUGAGAGGAAGAACAGAGUGGAGUAGUAAAACACCAACAACAACUUGGGGAACUGCACCGUGAAAAAAAACCCACAAGAAUGGCUCAUUUGGUUCCUUUGUAACUAUAUCUGCUACCACCUUGCUUGCUUGCA